GGUACUGCGAUCAAUGAUUAUGGACUUCGGGGGGAGAGCGCGCUACAAACAGCAUCAAGACGUGGCCACGUUGCGCUCGUACACUAUCUUCUUAGUCGAGGGGCAGAUGUGAAUUUGGCGCCGAGCGACAGCGAGCAUGGAGCAUCAGCUCUCUAUGCCGCUCUUGAAGGCGGGCAUCACAAGCUCGCGUAUGAUUUGGUCGAUGCCGGUGCCAAUGUGAUGGCUGGAAUUGGCCGGGCAAAUGGAGCUACCAUCUUGGAAGCCAUGAUGUCCCAAAUCCUUCCAUACCGGACAGUACCUUCCGCCGAGGACUACAACCGCACUUUCAAAAGGCUCCUCGCUCUUGGAGCGCCAGUCAACCGCACGAACGGCACAGCGAGUAGGAUACUCCACAACUUGGUCGAAGCUAAGCAACACGAGUGUCUUGAACUGGCACUCCGUGCUGGAGCCCGGACUGAGGACACACUGAUGGGGCUGACGCCACUACAAGCCGCAGCAUUCCUUGGCGAUAUGAAUUCUGUUCAAAUUCUCAUUGCCCACGGCGCAAAUGUCAAUACCUCCGAAGACCAAGAAUCUCUUCAACCUGCAUUUGGCCGUACCGCACUCCAGGUCGCUACAUCUUCCGAAAAUCCAAACUUAGAAGUAAUCCAUCUACUUCUCUGCGAAGGCGCAGAUGUCAAUGCCCCACCAGCAAAGAAAGGCGGUGUCACGGCUCUACAAGGCGCUGCGAUUCAAGGUCACAUGGAGAUCGCCCGCUUGCUGCUGGCACACGGAGCUCUCAUCAAUGCAUUGCCGGCCCUGGAAGAAGGUCGAACUGCAGUGGAGGGUGCAGCUGAGCAUGGCAGAAUGGAGAUGGUUAGGUUCCUCUUCAGCGAGGGGGCAUUGCCAGACCCCUUCUUGGGAUUUUCGAGAGCGAUCGAGUUGGCUGAGAAGGAGUGCCAUCUUGGUAUUGUGAAGUAUCUGAGAGAACAA